CCCAAUCAGCCCAGAAAGAUGGAGGAAAGAGAAGGGAUUCUGGCUCAAACCUUCCCUCAAAUGCCUGUUUCAGUCACCCCACCAGGACUGGAGGCAAUAUAUUCAGCAUGUAGACGCUUAUACCCAGACCAGGUUAAUCCCCUUCAAGUCACAGCGGUGAUGAAAUACUGGCGAGGAGGACCAGAUCCCUUAGACUACAUCAGUAUGUAUGCGAACCCUGGCGACGCCAGCCUCAAUGUCCCCCCUCACUGGCACUAUGUUAGUUUUGGGCUGUCUGAUCUCCAUGGUGAUGGAAGAGUCCAUGAAGGCACUGGGGAAAAUGGCAUUAGUGGGUUCGGCUUUGAAUUGACGAUGAGGUUGAAACGUGAGACUGGAGAGACGGCGCCACCUACAUGGCCUGCUUCACUAAUGCAAGCUUUGGCAAGAUACGUCUUUCAGUCAGAUAAUACCUUGUGUUGUGGCGACCAUGUUCCCUGGCACAGUCCUUUGGAUGGGUCAGAGUCUCGGAUACAACAUAUGGUAAUGGCAGAAGAUCCUCAGUUGAAGAUGAUACAAACUCCUUUUGGAUCUGUAAACUUUGUGCAGAUUGUUGGUGUAUGUGCUGAAGAAAUCAAAGCUGCACAGCAUUGGAAUGGUGCAGGAGUAAUUGAGUUAUUGAAGAGUCAGCCUGUAGCUGGUGGUCCAUGGCUUAUAUCCAGUAUGAGACGAGGCGAGACGAUUUUUGAAAUUGAUCCUCAGUUACAGGAGAGAGUGGAUCAUGGCAUCGAGGCCGAAGGCUCCAACCUGAGCGGUGUGAGCAGCAAAUGUAGCUGGGAGGAAGGCGAAGGUCAGAAUGAAGAGAAUAAAGAUAAAGAGAACAGGGUCUUGGUGGAGGGAGAUCGCAGGGGUAGCACUGAAACUGUAGAUAGGCCUCGCAUCUCAGCUUUUGAAUCGGAACAAAUCAAAGCUGCAUUGAAGAAAGGAUUGAGUACAGCCAAACCACCACUACCGCCCAUUAAAUCAGAUACUCUUGAUCCCCAUGAUAAUACACACAGAGAACAUUCACGGGACAAUUCGAGAAAAGAAUCCUUCGAUAGUAACGGUAGUGGUGAUGGUCCCACAGAGCUGCUGAGAACCAGGGUGAUUGAGUCGAUCAAUCUCAAGUUUAACUUGGAGGCAGGACAGUUGUUACCACUAGCAUUGAGGGGCCGAUUAAGGCAUGGACGUCAUUUUACGUUUAAAAGUGUGAUGAACGAUGUAGCUAUAACGCUAGUAUCAACGAGUGUUGUCGGGUCCAUAGCUGAUGAGCAGCAUCCCUUUGCUGCCCACGGACCAUGGUUACAUAUUCUGAUAGCAGAGGAUUUUAUUGAGGAGAUGUUGAAAGAUUUUGAAUGCCUUUCCGAACCAAAUGAGAUUGACCUUCCAAAGGUAUUCAGCUGGCCAGAAAGAAAGCUGUCAAUCACUGUGAUUCCAGAGGAAAUCCCAAGAGGAUAACGUCCGUGAGUGUUAGGUCAGCACUCCUUUGAAGACAUUACCGGAUGCAAUAUCAGGAAAUUUCGUUUCAAUUUCUGCCAAAUGUGUUACCGAGCCAAAGUCCUCAAAGGAGUAUUCUGUGCUGGAAAAGGUUAAACAGCUAAAUAUGAUACUGUUCAAGGCUCGAUCUAGAACCUUGGCUGAUCUGAACUUGAGAUUAGUUUUGUUGGAUCUGCUGUUUCAUAGACUGUGCAUCUGUUUUGCUAUUUGUAUUAUCAAAUCUUUACAAUAAUCGGGGCAGGGACAGUCUGUCCAUGCCAGGGUUACCUGACCCCACAAUCUGUGUACAUCAUGUAUUGAAGGACACAGGUAGAUUGGGUCUACCAGAUCUGCUGAAGAGCAGAUAUAGCCACACUGGCUCUAUUGUGUGAGGCCCAGGGCUAUGUGCAGGUUUCUCGGAUCUUCUUGCAAUGAAUUGGCAUGGAGUCCCUGGCCUAUAAUUUUAUUUAUUGGUUUACCUCAGCUGUAAACUUCAGAAUAUUCCUGGCCAUCUUAUUUUGCAAUUUCUUGAAAUGGCAACAUUGGUAUACAUGUACAACAAAUGUAACUGUUUGCCAAACCUGAAAUAAUAAUUUCGUAUUAUUUUGCAUUUAAAACUGUUAGCAUUUACAUUUAGUAACAUAUCAUUUUAAAUAAUUUUGAAACAACUCUCAAACUAUCUAUUCUAAUACACCUUGUUUUGAUGAAAUUGUUAAAACUUGGUAAAUCAUCCCAAAGAUUUCAUACAUGUAACGUUUACAGAAUCUCUGCUCUUAAUGAGCUCAUAUGGAAUAUGAGAAUGUAAAGAUUUUGUACUUUUCUAAGAAUUUGUUUUAGUAACUCAAACAUUAAGUAUUGCUUUGCCUUUUAACUCCUAAAGUACAUUGUAUCUGAUAUGAGGCACGUUUUUAUAGUACAUGUAUUUUUUUGUGCUUUCCUUUUUAAUUUUGUUUUGUUUACUGUGCCAUGUUAAAUCUUCUACAUCUACAUGUAUCACCACCCUAGAGAAUUAGCCUCCCAUCUUGCAAAGAAGUGUAUUGUUUCAAAGGCCUUAAAUCAUAGACAUCUGCAUUGUGAUUACACAUCAACAUUUGAUAUAUAAAGAAUGAAAAAUCUGAUAUACCUUAACUCUUUCAGUGCCCAAGGACGUACAUGUACGACCUAAAUACUAAGGUAUUUUAGUUCCUCCAGACGACACCAGAUGUCCCCAGCUACUCAAAUGUGGUUCAUAUGGUUUCUCUGGCCUGGGGCAUCCAAAUUGAAUAAUUUUUUCGACUGAGAGGGUGGGGUGGGGUUUGCCACCCCUCAUUUUAGGUGAAAAAUGGUGAAAAUCGGCCAAAAAUACCACUCCCUCAAAAAAUUUAGAACAUAAUCCUAGUAUGCCCCUACUUAUUACUGCUGUUUUAUUGAAACAGGAGGUAAAGACAAAGGUUUUGAAGAAUUUUGAUGAGUGUAUCUCAAUUAUUUUUGUGAGAUUUUGGGUAGUGACAAUGCCCAAAAAUGCCCAAAUCCUGGCACUGAAAGAGUUACAAGUGGGAGAGCCAGCAGGCACUAAUGUAGUUUACAAAGUUGCUGGACACUGGGCACUGGAGAUUGGCAGAAUUUUUGAGAAUCCAAUUCAAAGAACUGCCUUCAAUAUGAUGACUCUGUUAAAUUCUUAAGGGCUGGCUAGGAUAUACUUCUCUGUGGAGUAUGACUCUCUUUUCGUUUUUGAAAGAGAACAAUGUAUGUGUGUAUAUAUUUGUAUAUAUGUACAUGUAGUUAUAGUACUGUAUGAAGGGUAAUCUCAUUGACAAAAGUACAGUUAAAAUGUAUGAUUUAAUGAUUGAUUUAUUGUAUCGGGUGACUGAUUGUUCUAUACUUUUGAUUGAUAUAAAGCUGAAAUAAGGUGACUUAAGGUGAUAAUUCAAAGUCAAAGUUACCCUACUUAUGGCCAGUGUCCCUCAUUUCACCCUGGAGAAUCCCGAGCAGUCGGGCAGGCCUUCUAACUUGCUGAGCUGACCUGCCCUGGGAAGUAAGAAAGUUGUUCAUUAAUGUUGUAAUGCCUUGAAUAUACAAGAUCAAUAUAAGAUUCUCCGUUAGUUGGGGAACUGAUUCCCCAGGGUGCAUAAUAGGAUAUUUAAAAACGUCUUUAGUUCAAUUGACUGUUCAUUCAGUGUGAGUGGAUAUACAUGUAGUUGCCAGGCCUUGGUGCAGUUGAAAGAACAUUGCUAGAUUCUGUAGUUGUAUCAACAAAAUAAAGUAUAUUGUAAUAG